ACUUAUCAACUUUACCUAUCACCUUCGUACCCUCACAACAUCACAAACAUCGCAAUUAUUCAAGAAAGUAUUGUGAUACUGGUGCCGUCAGUUAUUCUAAUUUCAAAUACUUUCUCAAGGUUUGUUCCUCUCAAGAAUCAAGAAUCGUCCGCAAUAAUCAUCAGAACUAUCACCGUUCUUUUAACUAUCAGUUAAAUGACGACACUCCCAUAAAUGCGCGCCAGGAUACCGAAUAUUAACAUUUACGUAUUCCUGGUAUCUUCUUUGUUCAUAGCAGACGCGUGGGCCACGAGAUUAAUCGCAAUACGAAUGGUCUUGUCUAAGAAUUAAAAAAUACAAAAACCCCGCUAUACAUAUUCUACCUUCUACACAUACUCUCGUUCGCCACCCUCCAACUUAACUCCUCGUUCAUCUUUUCACCUUUCAACCGUCUCAUACGCACUACAAACACACACCCUUCAGUUUUUUAUUUGACGAUUGACUUCUAUCCGCUUACAUCAUAAUAUUUAGUUGCCAUCAUGUCAUCUCCCGAGGACGAAGAGUUGAUGACCAAGAUCUCCAACCUUGCCAGUCGGAUCAAUCGUUACAAGGCACAGCGCGAUGGCCAACCGCAUACAGAAUCUCACCGUCCUUCUCGCGCCUCGGGUUACCGUGCUUCCCCGUAUCCUUCUCCCUCGACUUACCGUGGUGGACGCGGCGGCCGAGGCGGAUUCCGGCCAACUUAUCGCAACAGAACAUUAGUCCUCAAUGGCCAAAACCGACCUGCUUCCGAUUCAGGCGAAGGCGCCAACGAUACUUCCGACCCUCCCACUCCUACGGCCUCCUUUGUCACCAGACACGAUCGCCAUUUACAAAUGAUCAAGACCGAUAUCUGGGAGAAGGAAUCGGUGAAUCGUAUCAAUGCAAUGGAACAGACUGUUCGCCAGAAGCAGCUGCGAAGAGAUAAGAAGGAGAAAGCUGCUUUUAUGAGCAGUGUGGUUCAGAGUGGUGCUAGCGCUGCCUCAGAUAACCAAUCUAACGCACCACAGUCAGCUUCUCCGUUCGAGGUUGUGGUGGACGGUAUUCGUUUCCGAGUCAUUCAAAAGGGUAGCAAGCUUGUCAAAGCCCUAGAUGAUGUCCAUCCUCCUUCCGAUACUCCGAAAAUGACUACCAUUGGUGGAGUCAAGUUCUAUCGAACCAAGCACGGCAACCUUGUCCGACACGGUGUUGUUCACGCGCAGCGAUCUGCUGGAUUAAUGAAGGUCAACGAGCUUUGCAAGGCCUUCUCAUGGACCGGAUCAUGUCCCAAAGGACCCUCAUGCCGCUACGUCCAUGACGCUUCCAAGACGGCUAUAUGCCGGGACUACUUAGUCAAGGGUAAAUGCCUUCAAGGUUCCCAUUGUGAUCUUUCACAUGACAUUACAGAGCAACGUACCCCCCUCUGCGUGCAUUUCGCCAAGGGCAAUUGCCACAACCCUUCGUGCUCUUACGUCCAUGCAGAGCACUCUUCGGCCGACCCUGUGUGCCGCUCGUUUGGAACGUACGGAUACUGUGAACUGGGAGCUUCGUGCCCCGAUCGCCAUGUAUUCGAGUGUCCCGAGUUCAGCAACACCGGCACUUGUAAUAGUAAGGGUUGUAAGCGUCCCCACAUCGAAAGGGCGAGUGUCCUACGCAAGAAGAACAAUCGCCUCUCUGGCGACGAUCUAGAAGACUUGUCAAGCGAUGACGAGGGCACUACGGCUGACACUGACGACAUCGAUUCCGAUGAUGUCGAGGAGUAUAUUAAGAAAGAGGAUGACGACGACCUUGAUUUCGCCCAGCAGAAGGACUUCAUCGGAUUUUAAUGAGUCUCGCCGCGACUCGUACUAACACAUCUAGGUCUUUUCAACAUUUGUCAAUUGGACAAUGGUCAAUAUGCUAAAGGACAGUGUUCUAAUUUCUACGAUGCGGUUUUAGUCUUUUAGGCUAGUAUCUAAAAGGCACAUGUAUGCCACGGGCUUUAGUUUGGCGUUUGAGGGAUGCCUUGCGUACUACGGACUUGAUACCCCUUUCUGCGAUGAUGCGCUUCGGAUGAGGCGUCCGUUAGGGAGUUGAUACCCUUAACGAGGAAGAAACAGAGAAAUGUGAAAAAGAGAGAGCUAGAUAAUUGCUGCAGUUAAUAAAAUGAAUUGCUUUGUAAUUGUCGUCUUCGACGAUGAGAUUUUGCUUCUAAAUCUAUAUUACCUACCUGGUAGGCAAGUAGAAUAUGCGUGUUGAAUGAAA